CAAGACAUGGCGGCUCCCCUAGGUGGUAUGUUCUCUGGGCAGCCACCCGGGCCUCCACCACCCCCGCCCGGACUCCCGGGCCAGGCUUCGCUUCUUCAGGCGACGCCAGGCGCUCAGAGACCUUCUAAUAGUACUUUGGUGGACGAGUUGGAGUCAUCUUUCGAGGCUUGCUUUGCUUCUCUGGUGAGUCAGGACUAUGUCAAUGGCACUGAUCAAGAAGAAAUUCGAACUGGUGUUGAUCAGUGUAUCCAGAAAUUUCUAGAUAUUGCAAGACAGACAGAAUGUUUUUUUCUACAAAAAAGAUUGCAGUUAUCUGUCCAGAAACCAGAGCAAGUCAUCAAAGAGAGCAAUGAUGAGAAACUGAAGGUGGUGACCGUGAGUGCCAGGGGCCUCUGUGGCUACCUCCUGGGGGAGACCAGAUAG